AAGAGAAAGAUAACGUUUAUCUCAAAAAUACCAAUUUAAAUGAUUUUAUCUCUCUCGCUCCGUCUGCAUUCCUUCAGAGUUGAUGUAUUACCGCUGGUGACAUCUCGGAGGGUUACUGAUGACAGUCAGCAGAGCAACAAAAGAUAGUUGUUGGGGAAGUAACCAGAUGAGUUGAUGAUAAAAGGCAGACUCAAAACAUGGCAAACUUAAGCAAGAUAGUCUCCUACUCCUGCUAUGAGCUCGGCCACUGUUGGGACCACUCCUGCUCCAAGGCUUCCUUUGAGAUAUGCCUCAUAGGCUUCAUUGAGAGUUGCAAGAUAUAUGGCGUUGUGUAUUUGUUAACAUGGUUAGUGAGAGGACGCAAGAUAACGCUUGAGUAUGGACGGAAGAUUCUAAAAGACUACGUGAGAUCUGUGUGUUUCCUUACAACCAAUGCAUUUGGAUACAUUGGUUCCUUCUGCGUAAUUAGGAAGAUUCUACAACAUGUCAACUUCUUGUCUGCAUCCUUUUUGCCUGGCUUUGUGGGAAGCGUCUUGGCUAUCAAUGUGGAACGGGUUGAACGCAGGCCACUUCUGGCAGUCUACGUCGCUAAUGUGGCAUCAGAAUGUUUAUGGAACUCGGCAGUAGCAAACGGCUAUGCAAAAUCCAUUCCACGAGGUGAAAUAUUGAUCUUUGCCGGUACCAUGGCGGUGUUGGGUUACAGCUUCCGGUCAGCAACGCCCCUUAGCAAGACAAUCAACUCCAUCCUUCAGCUAUUCCUUGGACGUGGUGAAUCGGGAAAAAUGAUUGCUGCCAGACAGGAAGGACCUGCUCCUGAUGGUGCUGUACCUGCGAGCUUCCCAAGAAUGUCAUGGGUUCAGAGGAUACUGCAGUUUUUCAGAGGCAGACAUCAUGCCUGCCCACACAAGGGAGGGUGUCUGCCCUAUUUCACUUGGACUGCCCUUAGAGGUUUCAGUCAAGGCUUCCUCCUACAGCUUGCAGUGAAGAUUAUCCCGUCCCUACCCCGACUCCUGGGGAAACCCUCAAAGCUCUAUGACUUGCUGACCAACCCACAUAACUUCCAAGCUGGCAUUUUCCUUGGAUGGUUUAUGUCUGUGUUUAAGGGGACAUGCUGCUUGGGUCGCUGGUGGAGUGGAAAGGAUGAGGCAGCGCACGGGGCAGUGGCAGGGGUGCUGUCUGCUCUCUCUAUGUAUUUCUACUCAGCCCCAUCACUAGCUCUCUACAUAAUGUGGAAGGCCAUUGAGAGCAUAUACGAGAAAGGCUGUGAUAAUGGUUAUCUUCCUCGUAUCCCUGGCUCUGUGGAGUUCCUGUAUGCCCUGUGCACAGGGUACCUCUUCCACAGUGCUGUGUGGGAGAGCUUUAACAUGAAGCCUUCCUACUGGCGGUUUCUGGAUAGGCUGACAUGGAGCAGAAUGAGUGAAUACAACCGCCACCUCCUCACUCCCUAUGGACUGGAGAGCAGCAAAGAAUUUGCUAAUUACUGGCCAAAGUACCAUCUUGAUCACGUCACCGACAGCUUCAAGCAAGAGUUUCAAGAGGUUAUAGCAAGAGGAAGAUACUAGCCAGGGACCUUGGAGAAAUUUCUCUUCCUUCUCACCGCAGAUGGUGCUAUCCUGUUGUUAUCUUGUUAAAAGAAUUUGAUCAAUUGCAUGUAUAUAUGUGUAAAAGACAAUAAUACGAGAGAUUAUGAGAGAUUAAUUUAUCUUGUAUGUUAUGAGAGAGAUUUCUUUAUCAUUUAUGUAUAUAUGUGUACUCUGGAUUCAUACAUACAUAUUCAGCUACAGUGUAUGAACAUACAUAAGAUUCUAUUUCUAAGCUCUCCAUAUCUUUCUCUGUGGAAUCUUGACUCACUAUAGACACAUUUCCAAGUAAUUCUAUUAUAAGGAGACUUGUAAAUAGUGUCUAUUAUUGAGUGAUCAAUGGCAAACGUUGACUUACUAUGUUGUUCAAGAAGGGAACAAUCUUAAGGACAAAUCUCACAUUGGGAACCUUAUUCUAACUGAACAUGCUUCCGUAGUUAAUGAGGUUGGCGAAGAAGGCUUGUCAAACACUGCCUCAUUUUUUUUUUUCUUUAGAUAUGAAUAUAUAGAUGUGUAUAUGCAGUACAUGUUGAUAUUUUUUUUUCAUGAGGUUUGGCUGAAAGUCGGACAGAGGGAAGGGCAUUUGGAUGCUCUCUUCAAGUUGCUCAAAAAGUGUAAGGAUGUAAUUAGGAGUAAGCUUUUUAGUUUUCUUGUUAGUAUUAUGAUCAUAAUAUUUAUUGUUAUUAUUGUAAUUAUUUUUUUUUAUUGUAAUAGUUAUUCUUAUUGAUAAUAAUAUUUAUAUCUUUAUUAUUACCCACACAUGAUCAUUAUCAUCACCAUUAUUAUUUUUGCUACUAUUAUUAUUGAUCUUA